AUGAAGUCCAUCAACCUGAUCUCCGCUUUACUUUUACCAAGCCUUUCUAUGGGCUCAUCGCGAGUGAUGGUAACGCAAUAUUCGGACUUGCUUCAUUGGACAUGUUUCAGUGCGUUGUUGUCAACAGAUUGCUGCCGAGAUAUUGAAAUAGCCGGAUUUGAUCUUGGAUUGCCGAACCCAUACAAUUGUGAACAUCUCAUUGCAGAGAUUCCUGAUGUCCCAGUUCUUCAUGACCAUGGUAUGGCGAAAUUUAGCCUUGUACUGCAGAACCACAACAAAACCGAUGAUAGCGUUUUUGAAUCGGGGCUGCAACAUCGCUGGGAAGACUCAACGUGGAAGAAACAAGAUUCACCAACUUUACCCUUCUUCUGGGGUGAUAUUAAAAAAGUGGAUCAAUCCGCUAGGCUACGGUCAACACUCUCUCAAGAAGGGGGCAUGCAUCGUCAAAUGACGUCAAGCUUGGAAAAAGUACAAGACUUUGAAUCUUACUUCAUAAUAAUGACAGUUCCUCAAUCGAUGUUUGUGGACUUGGAUGAUUUCUUAAUAGAUGAUAUGAAUUCUAUACUGCAUGCCACAAAAGUCUGCGACAUCGAAAAACCUGAAUUUGUCAGUGGACAACAUGUGAUAAUUGUAGAAGGACAAGGGGAUGAUUCAACUUUUAUUCGACACACGAAAUGGCAUGUCCGAUAUCCUAAACCAGGUCAAGCUGGAAUAGCUCUCAUUGAAAAUUUGCUAGAGCCAUCUGUAGUCUUCGUGAAAGAUGGCGCCCUUUAUCAUCAUCAACAACUUGCGAAAUUGCCACAUGUUUCAGUGGCAACUGGGUAUGAAAAGGAUGGCGAUUUUGUUAUGUGGGCUACUAUUGUCGCAUGUUGCGUUGGAGUGUGGAAAAUGCUGCAAGAUUUAUCAAUCGUCUCGUAUUGGGAUCCUUGA